AUGGAUCUUUUUUCUUCUUAUUAUGAUCAUGAUUAUACUGGUUUAACUGUGACAAAUGAUCCCGUGUUAGCAUAUAUUGGAGGGUAUGUAGCUAGGAAAGCAACACGAUUUACAAAGUGUUUAAAUUGCCUCUCAUCUCUGAAAUCAGAAAUAUCUCAUUCAAGAGAUGUUUUCAUUGAUAAAUUAUCUCAUGGACAUCUAAUAAAACCAUCGGAAAAAUUAUUUAAAUUAAUAAGUACUAUGGAGGCUGCGACGCUUUAUGUUUUAAAUGAAGAAGGACUUAGCAGUGAAGUACUAUUUAGCAUUUGUUCUAAACUUGAACAGAUAGAGUCACUACAACUUAUUGGAUGUGAUCUCCAUGCAGAUGGCUUAACAUCUUCUAUAGUUAACUUCUUUCUUAUAACAAGGGUACAUUUUGUUUGUUCUCGAUCCAAUUCUAUAGACAAUGCAAAGAAAGAAAAAUCAAAACUUCAUAGAAAGUCUGCAAAGUUAGUUUAA